AGGAAAACAGUAAUGAAGGUCUAUGUUAAACUAUGAAAGGGAAUAUUGUGUCUAUGUCUAUUCAUUUUUUGUGCAUGUUAGAACAAAAUCUUGAAGUUAAAAUUGCUCGAGGGGCCUAUAUAGAGAAAUGUUGACGCCCAUUCACAUUUUUAGUAAAACAAAACACCACGGUAUUCCCUCAACGUGGGGAAAUUACCGGACCAUGUUGUAACAGGGACGGCGAAAUAUAGCUAUAACUGGACGCUUGGUACUUAGUGUCAGAUUUCAGAUUUAAUGGUUUAGCUGCCGCUGGGCUAUUGCAGUUGGACGUUGACUGAUAUAUGUUAAACAGCUGACAUUAAUCGAACAUUACUACAUUCUACUAUAAGCUGUCUAAUCAAGGAGGUCGCCUGUUGAACAAGACCCUAGGAGAGCUAGAACUUUCCCCCCUUACUAACUAGUUGUGCUUUCAUCGAGCGCAUUCUGGAAGGCCAACCCCUCUUCUGCUACGUCACUGAAUUGAUUCUUUAAAGCAUCCGCGGAGUUAUUGCCAUGGCUCAAUAUUCAAGACCGAGGAUUUCUCAGAGCAUGAAGACGCAGUCUCCAAUGGUUGCAAUGGCCACAAACGACCCUCUUCCUCCGGGUUGGGAAAUUAAAAUUGAUCCACAGACUGGAUGGCCAUUCUUUGUGGAUCACAACAAUCGGAUAACUACAUGGAAUGAUCCAAGACACGAUGGUAAAAAGAUCAGCCCGGCAUCCCCAAAUGGGCCUUGUAUUCCCAUUGAGGCUUUCCCACAGGAGGCCCAGAAGGGCUUUGUCAGAGAGAUGAAGCAUCCUGUUCUCCGCCAAGGCUACGUCCCCAUUGCAGUGCACCAUGACAAUAUUGAUCUCCGCCAGCCCUGUUUCUCCUACGUCCAGCCAUCUGGCCUACAGAACAUCAGAGCAGACGGACGCACUCCCUCCCCUACGCCAACAAUACACUGCCGGGCCCGAUCUCCCGUGCACAUCAACUCAGAGAGUUUCCAUGGUGAUCCCCACUGUACAUCGUGCUCACCUGUUUCACAAGGACCAGAGGUUCAAGGAAUGAGUCCACACACAGUCCCACUCCUCCAGCCCUCUCGACCCAGCAGCACUGGUCUCCAGGCAGGCUACAUCCCCAUUCCAGUUAUUCAUGAGGGGGCAGGAGGUGCAACACAGCCUCAGAUGAACCCCACUUACCACUCCCAGUAUUACCCUCCCGCGCACACAGAGUACCAGCCCUCCUACCACUGCCGGCAACCAGAGGAGCGGGGAGGCAUACAUCACGGGCCCAUGUCAGUCCCUCGAGAUAAUAGAGUACAUCGUGAGAGUGCGCUCCCUAUCCACAUCACACAGAGCCGUGACAUGCCACCCCACAUGAGAGCCCAGUCACCAGUCAGAUCACAAGUUAUGGGAGAGAAGCCACAGGUGCAGCAUCAGAUUUCACAGAGAGAUGCUGCCCCUAAAAUGGAAAGGGAGUUUCCCAUCAGCCAAGCAGUUCAGAGUGAGGAUGUUCAUAGACCCACAGCUGGAACACAACAACCACAACACCAGCCACAGCCAGCACCAACUCAGCAAGUACAUCAACAACCACCACAGCAAACAUAUCAACAACCACCACAGCAAGCCUAUCAACAACCACCACAGCAAGUGUAUCAGCAACCACCACAGCAAGUGUAUCAGCAACCACCACAGCAAGCGUAUCAACAACCACCACAGCAAGUGUAUCAGCAACCACCACAGCAAGCGUAUCAGCAACAGCCACAGCAAGCAUAUCAACAACAACCACCACAGCAAGCAUAUCAACAACAACCACCACAGCAAGCAUAUCAACAACAACCACCACAGCAAGCAUAUCAACCACCACCACAGGCCCCACAACAGCCCCAGCAUCAGCCACAAGAGACUGCCAAGAUCACCAUCCAUGUCCCAGACAAAUCAGACCAUCAGGAGCCAGUUGCUCCACCACAAGAGGUUUUGCCACCAAAAGCAGAGCCUGAGGUUUCAGCUGAGCUGCCACCUCCAAGUCAUCCUGGCCUGAUCAAAGUGCAGAAGACUGUGGGGCGGGUGGACAAACUGGCAGAAGAGGUGAAGUUAUUCAAUGGCAAAAAGAAUGACAAAAAGUAUAUGCUGCUGGAGGAGAUGUUGACCAAAGAGCUACUAGCCCUGGACUCGGUGGACCCUGAAGGGCGGGUGGAUGUACGCCAGGCAAGACGAGAUGGUGUCCGCAAAGUCCAGACCAUCUUAGAGUACCUAGAGACUCUGGGUGAUCAGCCACCACCCUCAGAGCCCGAGGCUGCGCCUUCAAGUGAGAGCUCUGUGGGUGAGGUCACCAGUCUAGAACAGAAAGGCGAGCCAAGUAUGAUCAGCCAGGUAGAUGUAGAGAUGGCAAAGGAAAUAUCCUAAUGACUGUGGAGCCAAAGAGAUUGAAAUGUCAGUUGCUGAAUACAAGAACUUUGGAAUGUCGUCUUGUCCAUCUUCUGCUUCUCACCUGCCAUCCCUUGCUAUCCUUAGUUUGUACUGCUGCGGUUGAGUUGCAUGCUUAAAUUAUUUAAUGUUUUCUGCUCUCCAACAUUUAAUGUGAUUGGUUGCUGAGUGUGAUUCUGUGUUAUAUGAUGUAAAGCAGUGUUGUUGCCUUUCACCAAGCUAAUUACCUUGUAGCAGGACCAUAGUUGUGACAGCUAUAUCCAGAAAUGAGAUUUAUCGAAGUGGCCUUCAUCGAAAAGCAAAUAUUUGUUUUUGACGUAGAUCUUUGACUUUUUUGUCCUUUUUACAAUUGAGUGGUGACUGUGAAGCUUGAAUUCAAAGAUGAAAUGCCCAGAUUCUAUUUUUUGUUGGUGAAAGGGCUAUUGGCUAAAUAAAAGUCAAAUUUGAGCCUGCACUCAGUUUUAUUCAGGUUCUUUAAAAGAGCAUAAUUUUCUAACCAAUCACCAUCACUUUAUCACUGGUGGAUAUGUUAUGAUCACGGUAGUAUUUGCUGUAUUUUGUUGUGGAUUUUUUGGGGGAAUUCUUUGAUCAUAAAGUUAUCAUGUCAGUGGUAUUACUGUGCAGCUCUCAGUUUACCCAUAUUUGGCUGCUUCUCCCAAUGCCUGUUUUAUGAUAUUGGCACUUCUAUCACUAUAGUAUUGAAAUAAGUUUACAAAUGAAUAUUACUGUCAAUUAUAUUCAUAUUAAUGAUUAUAUAUUUUUACUCAAUAUUUUUGUGCCAAAUGUUUUUACAAUGCGAAGAUCUAUUGUAAAAGCAGCCCAUGAUGUCCAUUAAAAUGUGUGAGAAAUACAUAUAUGUAUGUGGAUGGUAAAAAUAUAUAAAUGUAUAUGUCAAAUUCUAAAUCUUACAUGGUCACUGGUCAAUGUGAGCCACAUUAUCUGCAUCAGGUGUCAGUGGCUACGGUGUAGCAAGAGAAUGCAGCAUUGGUUGCAGUGUGUCUGUGAAACUGUACACAAUGUUCCUCACAGCUUAAAAGUUGCAAUUUGUGGCAGUGUUGACAUCUUGAGGUCAUAGCUGCAUGGCUGUGAAUAAAAUGUUUCUGAAAAUGCUAA